AUGGCUGCCAAUAACUCCGUGAGCACGGUCAAGCACACUAAACCUGAAGCAUGUCCACUAACUCUCCAUCAGGUCGUCCUCAAGCACUGGGCGCGCAUUAUCAAACAAUGGCCCGUCGAUCGAGUCCGCCCGGCACACGUCCAUUUCCAAAGGGUCAUGCAAUCGCGGGUGCAAAAGCUUCAGAAUCCUGCUGCUGCUGCUGCGACUAAUAGCAAGUCCAACGAUGCUCACGCGAUCCCCGUCGAGCCAUUCAAUGAACAGACGGAGUUAAGACAAGUCAAUGCCCUCUACGCGCUGUUGGAAAACCGAUUCGAGAAAGAAUACCCUAUCCCGCAGCGAGUUCGCCACCCCAGGAGCAGUGCAUCGCACUAUGAUGAUUUGAUCAAGGAGCUGGAUGAAGCACCGGAUCGAUCGUGGUUAACAAACUUGUGGAAUCGCUUGAAAGGCUCCGUCCGGCUUCGAUGA